AUGCGCGACAACAGCGCGAUGUGGAAGCUUCUAAUACUGGCAGCGUGUCUAGUGACGAGUGGCCUUGCUCGGCCGGAUGUCUCACAUCUGCUGCGAAAGACCGGUGACAAGCAGAAGCGGCAAAACUUCGUUGGUGCCUCGGCGUCUCUCAACGGCAACGGUGGAGCCGUUUUGGUCGAAAUUAAGUCCGAUGAUGGGGCAAAUGGUAAAGGCACAGCAUCCUCCGUCAGUUUGCUGCCUCUGCAAGACAUCCAACCAUCGCCGUUCCGACGGGCUGAAGAUCGAUCGGGGUAUGACUACCAGAGGCCAGAGUUCCCAUUAGACGUACAUCCGGACUCGAAUCUAGUCAGUCCGGUCUCGACUCAGGCACCGGAGUACCUUCCGCCGGAGGAUGGCGCAGAGUCAGCGAACGUCGACAAAGUCGUUACACCGAGUUCUCCUUCGACGACAACUACAACUACUACGACGCAGGCUCCAACGACGACCACUACUACCACGCCUGCACCGUCGACAACUGGAGCGUACCCAACGCAGCAAGAUUUUGACCACAAUGAGGGCUACGGUUACAAGAAACCCGAGGUGAUGCUUCCAACCAACAUCAAUGAAGUCAUCGGAGAGCCAAAUGACAUCAAUCAGCUUGCGACGACCACAGAACCGACGACGACAACUACCGAGAAGACGUCCCUGGAGUAUCUGCCACCAAAACCACUGCCGGAGUUGGUGGUACCCAAGGAACCAAGUACGACGACAACGCGACAACCUUCCACGGAGUACCCGUCUUCAACGUAUCCGUCGACAAGCGGCAGCUCGACGACAUACCAAGUCCCUGUUCAGGACUUCCAACCCGACACGAAGCGCCCGGAAGUGUCCAUUUAUCCCGACGCAUCGGCAACCGUUUCCACGGUAGUAACGCAACAGACCUCGACUGAGCUUCCAUCGACGUCAGCACCGGAGUACCUUCCACCAGACAGUGCGCCCGAGUUCCAGAACCGCAUAGCGUCCGAGACGAGUGAACCUGCGUCAACUACCACACUUCUGAGCACCACAACCCUGCUCAGUCAAUCCACGGAACCGACGACGACACUGUUGCCCGCCCUCCCGGAAGCGGACAGCCUGGUGCAGGAAGAACAAACGGCCGAAACAGGACAAACCCCUACGACCACGUCCAACGUGCCAGUCUUCUCGCUCGCUGACACCCCAUCCGUGAUUGACCUCAUCAACCAGAUGCAGGAGACAAACCAGGUCCUCGGUCAGGCGGACUUUGUGCCGGAAGUGCGAUUCAACGAAGAAACAACCACCAUCACCACUACGGGUGGGUCCAGCGAAACAACAACACUUUCGUCCACCGUGACGACCACCUUCGCGACGUCACUGGCCACGACGGAUCUUCCCGCGGUGGAACAGGAACAACAACCUGAGGCGAGAUUUGGAACUGACGACUUGGCGGGACCUACGUUGAUAGAUCUACUCACACGGAUGACCACAGUUGGGCCACUAUCGACGACACAGAACGACACCAUUACGACGUACCAUCCGUCUUCGCAAACCAGCAGCCAGACUACUGACGAUCCUACGACAACGGCCGCGGAAUCUAGCGCCGAUGAGACGGAGAUCCAGUCCAGGAUAGCCGACCCGAACGAUGGCUACAGCUAUCAGAUGCCAGAGAACGGGCUCGCCGUUCCAUCGUCAGUGGCACCGUCUCACACGCUCGAUGCCGAUGGGUACCACUAUAAGGUGCCGUCGGUUCCAUUCCCUUAG